GCGGUACGCAUGCGCAGUGGGCCGCAGAGCAGCCAUGCUGAAGUCGCGCGGGUCGUCACCCUUACGGGUGAACGCAGCGUUCGCUGAGCGGUACGGCCGCUACCGGGAACGCGAGGAGCUGCAGCGGUUGAAAGAUCGCUACCGGGACCGAGACAGUGGCGACGACUCCAGCUCCGAGUCAGACUCCAGCGACGAGCGCGUUGAAUUUGACCCCCAACAGGAGCGUGACUUUUACAGGACUCUCUCCUUGUUGAAGAAAAAGGACCCCCGCAUUUAUCAGAAAGAUGCCACCUUCUACCAGAGAACAGCAACGUCCUCAGAGAGCGAGGGAGAGCCGGCUGCUGAGAAGCAAAAGAAGGUGCGGCCCAUGUACCUGAAAGACUAUGAGAGGAGGGUUAUCUUGGAGAAAGAAGGCAAAUAUGUCGACGAAGAGAAUUCAGAUGGGGAGACCUCCAAUCAGAGACUUGAGCAGAUCUCCUCGAAAAGUUACAUGGAAGAACAGCAACAGCUCAAGGAAAGCUUCCGGGCAUUCAUGGAGGACAGUGAGGAUGAGAACAGCGCCGGGGAAGGUGGCUCCGGGUUGCUGCAGAAACGUGCUAAAACCAAGGAGGAGAAGGCCCAGGAGGAUGCUGACUAUGUCGAAUGGUUGAAGGGGCAGAAGGAGAUUCAGAACCUUGAGACCCUGAGAGAGCUGACUCAUCUCAAGGAAUAUUGGAAUAACCCAGAACUGGAUGAAGGGGAGCAGUUCCUACGGGAUUAUAUCCUCAACAAACGCUACGAGGAGGAGGGAGAUGAGGAGGAAGAGGAGGAGGAGGAGGAGGAAGGGGUCCCAGGUCCCCCAGUCCAGCUGGCCGUGGACGACUCCUCAGAUGAGGGAGAGCUGUUUCUGAAGAAGCAGGAGGACUUCGAGCACAAAUACAACUUCCGCUUUGAGGAGCCGGACUCGGCCUUGGUCAAGACCUACCCUCGGAGCAUCACGUCCUCUGUGCGCCGUAAGGAUGAGCGCAGGAAGGAAAGGAGGGAGGAGACUCGGGAGCGAAAGAGGAAGGAGAAAGCAAAAAAGCAGGAGGAGCUCAAGCAGCUGAAGAACCUGAAGAGGAAGGAAAUUCUGGCCAAGCUGGAGAAGCUGCGGCAGGUUACGGGCAACAAGACGCUGGGCUUUGAGGAGCGGGACCUCGAGGAUGACUUCGACCCUACCCAGCACGACCAACUUAUGCAGAAAUGCUUUGGGGACGAGUACUAUGGCACCAUGGAGGAUGAGAAGCCACAAUUUGAGGAAGAAGAAGGGCUUGAAGAUGACUGGAACUGGGACGCAUGGGCUGGGCUGGAGCAGGGUGGAGAUUGGAGCCAGGAGGAGCUGCACUGUGAGGACCCAGACUUCAACAUGGAUGCUGACUAUGACCCCAGCCAGCCGCGGAAGAAACAGCGUGAGGCCCCCUCUAUAGGCAAGAAGAAGCGCAAGUCGCCUUUUGCUGCCGCUGUGGGGCAGAAAAAGCCGGUAUUCAACCCUGAGAACAACACAUUCGAGGAGUACCUGGAUGAGUAUUACCAGCUAGACUAUGAGGACAUCGUUGAUGACCUGCCCUGUCGCUUCAAGUACCGCACUGUAAUGCCCUGUGACUUCGGGCUCAGCACUGAGGAGAUCCUUGCUGCUGACGACAAGGAGCUGAACCGGUGGUGCUCCCUGAAGAAGACCUGCAUGUAUAGGUCGGAGCAGGAGGAGCUGCAGGACAAGAGGGCAUACAGCCAGAAGGCCCAGAACUCAUGGAAAAAGAGGCAGAUCUUCAAGUCACUCUGCCCAGAGACAGAGACACCCACGGAAGCCACAGAGAAGCCACAGAGAGACAAAGACAGCCCGCAGGGGCAGCUGCUGGCACCUGAUGGGGCCUGUGGGAAGCGGCUCCAGCCUGAGAGCCCCCCAGCAAAGGAAGAGGCGGUCCCUGUGUCACCCACUGAGAAGCCAGCUCCCCAGAGGCACAGGAGGGGCAAGAAGGCUCAUCUCCUGGGCCCCACAGUGACGCUUGGUGGACACGAGUUCAGCCGUCAGAGACUGCAAGCCUUUGGCCUUAAUCCAAAACGGCUGCACUUCCGCCUGCUGGGCCGGCAACGGAGGAAGCAACAGGGGCCCAAGAAUGGCCCCUGAGCUUGAUGGAGCAGGCAGGGGCCCCCAGAUUCCUUUCCUCCAAUUAAGCCCCCAAAUGUAUUGCCCUCUUAUUGACUAUAAAGACCCACAUGUCUUAUCUGUGGGCAAGGGAGAAUUCCCAUCUUACAGAUAUGGAAGCUGAGGCACAUUUAACAAGCUCCCCACUUUCCUGACUUGGAAACCUCACCUUGAGAUACCCUGUGCCCCGUUUCUUAAAUGCUGGCUCCAGCCAUAGCUAAGGUCAAGUCAGACGGCUUUAUUAGCCCCCAGCAGCCGCAGUUCCCCCCAUGGCCACCAGCCCUUGGAAGGACAGGGGCUUCAAGACCAGUGACAGGCACGGGUGGUCCAGUGCAAACUACAGUACUUGAGUCAGGCCCUGAGUUGUUGCCCAGGAGCCCGCCUUCCCUCUGCCCUGUGAGGAGGGCCCAGCUGGUGGGAGGCGGGCCUGCAGGCUCUGUCCCUAGCUGAAUGGCCCCAGCCUGGAGGUUUCCAGGGCUGGUCUCAGCUACUCUUAUCAAGAGGAAAAGUCCCAUCACCACCAGAGUUCAACAAACUCCCACACCCAGUGUGACAUAAAUAAAAAAAUAAAUAGUGUGUGUUCCAUCUUC